AUGGAGAGAGAUUUGGGUUCUGAUGCCAAUGCCCCUCCUGGAUCAAUCGAUAAAUCUAGGGUUUUAGAAGUGAAGCCGCUAAAAACCCUCGUCCCUGUUUUCCCGAAUUCAUCGGGCCUCUCCUCAAUCACAACCCCUCAGCCCACGCCUUUCGUCUGCAUCCCUCCUUCGGGUCCAUUUCCCUCUGGUGUCCAGCCGUUUUACCCUUUCCUUUCUCCGAACAACCCCCACUCGACCACCCCAGGCCCUCAUCCCCACCCGGCCCAGCCCAAUUUCACCUUCACCCCCGGUAACAUACCGGCCCCAAUCCCCCUCAACUCGUACCGGACCCCAACUCCCCAAGCAAAUGGGUCGACCCGUCCCAAGAGGUCCUCCAUGACCCGUGGGUCGGAACCCGCUCUCUCAGAUGACGAUGAGUACAGUGACUCCCAGAACCCGAGCAACCAGUACGCGAGUGGGUUUAACACAGAGGACGCCAGCAACGCCACCGGAAAACGGGCGGCACGGGCCAAGAAGAAACGGGCCGAAAACGGGGCGGAAUUCGAUAUCGAGUCACUUGUCAACCAUUUUUUGGCAUCGUUUAAGCUCAACGAAUUCGACGAUUUUCGGAGGUCAAAUGGGGACAAGGACACGGUGUCCACCGUACUUACGGUCUACGAUCUUCUCCGUAAAAAGCUGACUCAGCUCGAGGAGUCUAAAGAUAUGGGCCGGGGGAUCGCCAGGCGGCCCGAUCUGAAAGCCGCUAAUUUCAUGAUGACCAAAGGGAUCCGUACUAACAGCUCCAAGAGGGUUGGCCACGUGCCGGGUAUCGAAGUUGGUGAUAUCUUCUUCUUUCGUAUGGAGCUUUGCGUUGUGGGCUUGCAUGCCCCGACCAUGGCUGGAAUAGAUUACAUGAGUGUUAGGGUCACGGCAGACGAAGAGUCUGUGGCUGUCAGCAUAGUGUCAUCUGGAGGCUAUGAUGAUAUUGGAGAUGAUUGUGAUGUCUUGAUUUACAGCGGUCAAGGUGGGGUCCAGAGGAGUGACGGGAAGCUUUUCGACCAGAAGCUCGAAAGGGGGAAUCUUGCUCUAGAAAAAAGCUUGCAUCGAGCUAACGAUGUACGGGUUGUUAGGGGUAUAAAAGAUCCUGCUUACGUUUCUGGCAAAAUUUACGUCUAUGAUGGAGUUUACAGAAUUCAAGAGUCGUGGGUUGAGAAGAAUAAGGGAUGUAAUGUGUUCAAGUAUAAGCUCGUUCGGGUGCCCGGCCAGCCUAACGGGUUCUCAUUUUGGAAGUCGAUCCAGCAGUGGAAAGACCAAACUGCCCCUCGACCAGGCCUUAUUCUUCCCGAUCUGACUUCAGGUGCCGAGAGCCUUCCCGUAGCUCUUGUAAACGACGUGGAUGGCGAAAAGGGACCCGCGCAUUUCACGUACAUUCCAAACUUGAGAUACUCGAGACCCUUUUCAACAUCUAAGCCCUCGUUGGGCUGUCACUGCCUCGGAGGAUGCCAGCCGGACGAUACAAACUGCCCUUGUCGGCAAAAGAAUGAUGGUUUCAUUUCCUACUCGCCUAUAGGAGUUCUUUUGACGAGCAAAUCACCAAUAUACGAGUGUGGGCCCACCUGCGCUUGCCCUCCCAACUGCCGUAACCGAACGUCCCAAGCGGGGGUCAAGGCCCGUUUAGAGGUCUUCAAGACGAAAAACCAAGGGUGGGGCCUCAGGUCGUGGGACCCGAUUCGCGCGGGUAGUUUUAUUUGCGAGUAUGGAGGGGAUGUUAUCGAGGGGUUCGACGAUGGGGGCGAUUUCGGUACUGAAAACGACGAUAAUUAUGUGUUUGAUGCAACUCGCGAGUAUGGCUCGUCUAGUUCAAGGAAGACUCAGUUUCCACUUGCUAUCAGCGCGAAGUAUAAUGGGAACGUAGCUCGUUUUAUGAACCAUAGCUGCUCGCCGAACGUGUUUUGGCGGCCCGUUUUGCGAGAGAGUGGUGGUGGUGAUAAUGGAGUUUUUGUGCACGUGGCUUUCUUUGCCGCUCGUCAUAUCCCGCCGAUGCAGGAGUUGACAUAUGACUAUGGGAAAGUUAUGAGUGGGAAUUCGGACAAAGUAAAGAAGAAGAAGUGCUUCUGUGGGUCUGCGAAGUGCAAAGGUUACUUUUAUUGA